AUGGCAGCUAGCAAUGACAGCUUGACCAACGCUCCAGAUGCCUCCGCGGCAACCAAAGCCCAGGAAAACGGAUCCUCAGACCAUCACGCGACAUCCAAAACGAACGGCGAACUGACCAAUGGCUCUACCGAAGAUGCCUCCAAGUCCGGCGACGAUGCGGCUGGCGCGCAGCCCACCGAGAGCGUCUUCCAGCUCACCAUCAAGCUGCCCCACGAGCCCGGCCAGACGCAGAUCAUGGUGUCGAGUCAAGAGCAGGUGCAGGAUAUACGGCAGUCAAUAGUGGACACCCCACACACGUUCCAGUACUCGUGCUUCCAUCUGGAGCACCAGGGCAAGCGCAUCAAUGACUUUGUCGAGCUCUCGGAAGUUCCUGAUGUUGUCUCUGAUCCAGUGUGCCAUCUGGUGGAAGAUCCGUACACGGAGGCGCAAGCACGGAUGCACGUUGUGCGCGUGAGGGAGCUGGUUGGGGCUUCUGGAGAUCGCACUGAUCUGGUGACUGGGAUCGAUGCGGGAGUGAGCCUGUGUGAUGGGGUGGAGCUACCGAAUAGCCAGGCUGGGAAGGAGGACACGAACCCCGUGGCACACUACGAUCUCAAUGCGCCAGGCUCUGUGUCUACGCUCCUGGCCCAACCGCGUGAGCCAGCCCCCAAGACGAUCAAGAGCUUGUCUCUGUCGUCGUGGAACCCUCCGCCUCACCACUUGCGAAUGCGAGGCCAUCUGCUGUACCUUCAAGCGGUCACCAACGAGGGCGAGCAGCACUACAUCACUGCCCACGUCUCCGGCUUCUUCGUCAACAAGUCGACCAACAACAAGUUCGAUCCAGCGCCCAAGAGCUCUCCUAAGUCUGCAUCGGCGCAUUCGCUCAUCACCCUCCUGAGCAAGAUCUCGCCGUCGUUCGACGCCUCGUUCAAGCGGUUGCAGGAGUACAAUGGCCAGCGUGAUCCAUUGGCAUCCUACCAACUAUCAAACAGCCUUCCUGCAGCACCUUGGCUCGUCUCGCCAUCUUCUGUUCAGCAACAUCAGUCCGACUUGACGAGAACCCAGGAAGCAUUUCUUCUGGCAGGUGCAGACAAUGCUGAGACCCUGCGUGACUGGAACGAGGAGUUUCAAUCCACCCGCGAGCUUCCCAAGGAGACUGUCCAGGAUCGUGUUUUCCGCGAGAGGCUGACCAGCAAGCUCUUCGCAGAGUACAACGAGGCCGCUGUUCGAGGUGCUUGCUUGGUCGCGAGAGGUGAGAUCCAGCCCCUGAACCCAACCGAGGCGAGGGAUGCGCAGAUUUUCGUGUACAACAAUGUAUUCUACUCCUUUGGUGCGGAUGGUGUUGGCACUUUCGCCAGUGACGGUGGUGAUGAGGCUGCACGCGUUGCUACUGGCAAGGACGUUCAGGGCGUCAAGGCCGUCAACCAACUGGACAUCAACGGCCUUUUCACUCCAGGCACCGUUGUUGUCGAUUACCUCGGUAAGCGCGUUGUUGGCCAGAGUAUAGUACCUGGCAUCUUCAAGCAGCGGGAGCCUGGUGAGCAUCAGAUCGACUACGGCGGUGUUGAAGGCAAGGAUGUCAUCGCUACGCACGAGUCUUUUGUCCAACCUUUCAGCGAGCUCAGCAAGGCGAUGCGUGUCAAGAGACAUGCGGUAUGGGACAAGGAGACCAAGAAACACGAACUCGAAGCCAGCGUGGAGACGAAGGGUCUCCUAGGCACUGACGGCAGGAAGUAUGUUCUCGACUUGUACCGUAUCACUCCUCUGGAUGUGGCGUGGUUGGAGAAGCAUCGUGGCCAGGACCAAACUGAUGAGAACCGCUACCCUCACCGCAUGACUGUGCUCAGGCCUGAGCUUGUUGACUCUUACAGGAUCACCAAGAUGAGGGAAUACAUUUCGAAGGAGCUGGAGAAGAAGCGUACCGAGCGCAAGCAGGUUGAGGCAGGCGCCGAGAAGGAAGAGAAGGAUGCAGAGCAGGCGAGCGGAGACGAGAAGGCGCUCACGAACGGCGAUUCGGAAACGAAGCCCGAGGGUGAGGAGGAGGCGAAGCCACCGCAAGAGGCUGUCGAUAUGUCUGGAUUCACAUUCGCCCUGAACCCCGAUGUUUUCAGCGGACAGCAACCUCAGUCUGACGAGGAGAAGAAGGAGUGGGAAGAGGAUGAAGCUGAGGUGCGCGCAGUGUGCAACUACCUGACAGCUGAGGUGAUUCCACGAAUUGUUCACGAUCUCCAAGAAGGCGAUGCAGGAUUCCCCAUGGAUGGCCAGAGCUUGGUGCGCGAGAUGCACAGACGGGGCAUCAACGCACGGUAUAUUGGCGAGGUCGCCCAGCUAUCGUCUGAAAAGACUGAGAGCAAGAGAUUGCAGGCCUUGAAGUACGUCUGCCACCAGGAGAUGCUGAGCCGAGCGUUCAAGCACGUCUGCAACCUGCGAUUGCGGUCGCUACCACCUUGCUUUUCUCAGAGCUGCGUGGCACAUCUCCUCAACUGCUUGCUUGGGAAGGAGCUCAAUUCAUCGCCUCAAGCGGAGACUGAGGAGGAGCUUAAGGCUCUGUACCCGGAUGUCGAUUUCGAGUACGAGAAGGACACACCGGCGACUUUGGACAAGGAAAUCCGACGACAGAUUGCAUUGAGGUAUCGAUACACUCUCGAAGGAGACCUCGUGCAGAACGGCAAGCAGCUCCAGGUGCUGCGUGAAGUGUCGAAGAAGUUGGGUUUCCAGGUCGAGGCAAAGGAUUACCAGUUUUCGAAAGAGUCGACGUUGCAGAACAAGGAGUCUUCGGAUUCACUGGCGCCCAAUGGCACCUCGCAGCCAUCCGAGGGUGGCAAGAAGAAAAAGAAGAAGAACGCGGAUAACUCACCUAACCGCGGUGCUGUGUCUUCGCCAACAGUGCCUCUGGCCACUUUCCACCCUGACAACAUCCUCAACAUCGUCCCCACGGUCAAGGAAGCAUCGCCCAAGAGUUUGCUCGCCGAGGAGGCAUUGGAUGCUGGACGUAUGAGCAUUCAGCAGGAUCAGAAGGAGCUUGGGCAGGAGCUCCUGCUUGAGAGCUUGAGUUUGCACGAGCAGAUCUAUGGCAUUCUGCAUCCAGAAGUUGCUCGCGUCUACUACGCACUCUCGACUCUGUACUAUGGACUCGAUGAGAAGUCAGCGGCCGUAGAGCUGGCAAAAAAGGCUGUCAUUGUCUCAGAGCGGACGCUUGGUGUUGAUGACUCGGAGACUGUGCUCGCAUACCUCAACUUGAGCUUGUUUGAGCACGCCACGGGCAACACGAGGAAAGCUUUAGGGUAUGUUCGACAUGCGCUGGACCUUUGGAAGGUUGUGUACGGCAUCAGACACCCUGACUCGAUUACGACGAUCAACAAUGCGGCGGUCAUGCUGCAGUCGCUGAAGCAGUUCCACGAGUCUCGCCUGUGGUUUGAGGCAUCGCUGGACAUUUGCGAGGAAGUUGCGGGCCGACAGACCAUCAACACGGCCACGCUUCUCUUCCAGCUUGCUCAGGCAUUGGCUCUGGACCAGGACCCCAAAGCAGCUGUUGCCAAGAUGCGUGAAAGCUACAGCAUCUUCAAGACGGAGCUGGGACCGGAGAACCAGAACACCAAGGAAGCUGAGAUGUGGCUCGAGACGCUCACACACAAUGCCGUGAACCAAGCCAAGCAGGCCAACUUGUUGCAAAGCCGAAAGAUCUUGUUGUCGAGGAACGGACGCACGUCAAGAGUAUCGAUGGGCACGAGAGCGCAGCCACCGGUAGGUCAGACCACGGCAGAACCUGGUCAAGCAGCAACGGCACCGGCGUCGAACACUGGCAGAGACCAGCGAAACUUGGACGAGUUGUUAAAGUAUAUCAAUGGGGAGAGCAGCAAGCAGACGACGCCGAAGAAGAAGCCUUCGAACCCCAAGAGACGGGCGGCAUAG